AUGUCGGAACAGACCGAGAGAGCGUUUUUAAAACAGCCGACCGUCAACCUUAACAAUAAGGGACGCAUCCUCAGCGGAAUCAAGAAGGCUCCACGAUACAUCCGUGAGGUCGGACUUGGAUUCAAAACCCCGCGAGAGGUAAUUUUUUUUUAAAUAAAUUUUUCCGUUUACAAAAGGAUAAAAUUGAAGAGUAAUCAAUAAUAAUAUUUUUUAAAAGGCUUCGAUUCAAAUUUAUGGUUCGUAAAGUUUUCUUCAAGUUUUGAUUUAAAAGUUUGUCAAUAUACUACUGAGCUUCAUCGAGCAUCUGAGCAACCUUUGUUAAUUAAUAUUUUUUUCAACAUCUAAACAUCCAUUAAAAAAACCUACCGAAAUUUAAAAAUAAAAAUAAUCCUUGUUUUUUUUUUCAAGUUUCUUACUUCAAAAAAAUGUUAGUAUCGUCUUUCAAGAUGGCUUUAUAAUAUUAUGUAAUUCAGUAAAAUGUUGAUUCUCACUUUUUUAAUGAACUGAGCUGCUUUUUUUAACCAGUUAAUAUCGACGAAAAUUAUUAUUAUUAUUGUUAUUAUUCUUAGGGUAAUCAAAUUAUGCCGUUUUUUUAAAGUAACAAUAGUGACGCGAAAUUCAAAUAAUCGUCCGAAGGUGAAUUAGAUGACUAAAUUUCAUAGACUCAAAGAUAUUUAGCAGAAGUCACUUUAAAAAAAGCAUAAUUAGUAAAAAAAUCAAUCAUUUUAAUGAUGAAUUAGAAAUAAAUUUUUCUAAUUUAGGCUAUCGAGGGAACUUACAUCGACAAGAAGUGCCCCUGGACCGGAAAUGUCUCUAUUCGCGGUCUUGUCCUCACCGGAGUCGUUCUCAAGAACAAAAUGACUCGAACUGUUGUCGUCCGAAGAGAUUACUUGCACUACAUCAAGAAGUACAGACGUUAUGAGAAGAGACAUAAGAACGUGCCGGCUCACUGCUCGCCUGCUUUCCGGUAUGUUCUUUUUUUAGUAUCAUUUCUCAUGCAUUUUUCCUUCUCACAAGCAAAUUUUUUAUUCGAAAUUUGCCUAUGGGUUUAAUACUAACUAAUCAAAAAUGAUUCUUCUGAAUUAAUUGUUUUUUUUUAAUCAUUCGAGCUCAUCCCUGAGCGUUUAGAUUAUGAAGCAAUAUACGAAAAUCGAGUUUUUUUAAUGGGUACUUACGGGAUCCAAUUUUUUUUUCGUUUUGUUUAUGGCGAUUAGAGUAAGAUUAGAUUUUGGUGGAAAAAAGGUUAAUUUUUAAUGGCGUGUUCGAAGUUGUUUCCGCGAAAUUAAAAAAAAUAUUAUUGACUCCAAAAUUUCGUUAUCUUUCUUACUCUCUGACGGCUAUUUUGAAUUUCGCGGAAUCAAUUAGAACAUGGCAUAAAUUUUGAGCUUUUUGUUUGCCCUCAUUGCGUUGCAAAUAUAGGAGGUAGUGUUCACAGUAAUUUUGGAGGUCUCAAAAUUAACGGAAUUUUGAUUCAAGAUGUUUUUUUUUUUUGCAAGUUUGAGAUUAUUAGAACUUUGAUUCCUACAAAUUUUACAGCUUCUCUUUUAAGACCGGAACUCCGAAUUUCGUGUGAAAAUAGUCAGAAGAAAAAAAACGUCACAUAUAAUCGCUGAAAUCAUUUUAAACACGACAAAAGCGUAAAGAAUAUGCUCUAAACUUCCAAAGCCGAACAUCCAUAGGCUUGGGAGGAUAAUUUUCAAUAAGAUUUCCUAAAAUAUUCAGUUCCUUACAACGUAAUUUCUUUAUUUAAAUUAUUUCAGUGAUAUCGCUCCCGGAGAUUUGGUUACCAUCGGAGAAUGCCGACCAAUCUCGAAGACUGUGCGUUUCAACGUCCUGAAGGUCAACAAAUCUGGAUCGGCGAAGAAAGGCUUCAGCAAGUUUUAA